AUGGGCGGGCAGAAGUUUCAGUAUGACGAAAGUGGUGGAACUUUCUUCUACUUCAUACUCUCAUUUCUGGCACUGAUUCUGGUGCCGACCACGUUCUACUUCUGGCCGCAAAAGAAAAAGGAAGAUCCCACAACAAAGGAAGAGCAUUGUAACUGUCAAGGAUGUGUGGCAAAACGAAUCACCAUGGAACAUUCCGACCCUUACAAGGGUCCCAAGGAGCUGCUGGUAAAGUUAUCGAUAGUGGCUGGUUGGUUGUUGCUCGCCUUCCUUACCUACAAGGUAUCCCAGUUCGACUAUGAAAUGUCCAACUUUGAUCCGUACGAGAUCCUGGGCGUACCGCUCGGAUCGUCUCAGAAGGAUAUCAAGAAGGCGUACCGAACCCUCUCCGUUAUCCUGCAUCCGGACAAGGAAACUGGUGACGAGAAAGCGUUCAUGAAGCUAACGAAAGCCUAUCAAGCGCUGACGGACGAUGAGGCACGCAAGAACUGGGAAAAGUACGGCAAUCCCGAUGGCCCCGGUGCGACAUCGUUCGGUAUUGCGCUACCAUCUUGGAUCGUGGAAAAGGAAAACUCCGUAUGGGUGCUUGGAUUGUAUGCGCUGGUAUUCAUGGUCGCACUGCCCAUCGUCGUCGGUACCUGGUGGUAUCGUUCGAUUCGUUACAGUGGCGAUAAGGUGCUGCUCGACACGACCAACAUGUACUGGUACUUUUUCCACAAAACACCUCACAUGGCGGUAAAGCGCGUCAUUAUGAUACUGGCAGCGAGUUUCGAGUUUGAAAAACGACACAACAAUCAGGUGAUUGAGCGGCCAUCGGAUAAUACGGAGGUUCCGGCACUGAUCCGCGACUUGCCUUAUCUGAAUGAGAAAUGCAAGGAAUUGCCCUUUGCCCGCAGCUACUCGUUGAAGGCACGCGCAAUUCUACAUGCCCAUCUGUCCCGGAUCGCACUGAACCCGACCACGCUGGAAGUUGAUCGUCAAUUGAUCGUUCGCAAGUGUCCCUAUCUGAUCCAGGAGAUGGUGAGCUGCGUCAGCCAUCUGAUCAUGUUGGCUUACGCGAGAAAGAUUCAGCGACUUCCGUCGAUUGAAACGAUCGAAAACUGUAUGAAACUGUCACCGAUGGUCAUACAGGGUUUGCGCGAGUCGGAACACCCGCUGAUGCAACUACCGCACAUGACGAAGGAACUUCGCGCUCAUCUGGCUCGCAAAUUCAACACACGCAAUCUGCAACACUUGGCCCAGCUGAAGCCCGAACAGCGACGAACGGCUCUGCGCAGCUUAACCGACGAUCAGUACAACAACGUGGUGAAGGUGCUCGGCCAUCUCCCGCUGAUUGAUUUCAAUAUGAAGUGCGAAGUAGUGGACGAUGAAAAUUCCAACGUGGUAACAGCCGGUGCAAUCGUGACGGUGACAGUUGAGCUGGUGCGACGUAGCAUGUCCGAACUGUUUGGUGAUACAACCGCUAAGGAAAAGCAAGGCAUCACCGAAAGCAACGAAAACGGAGACAAUGGUGAUGGAGAUGCGGACGGGGAAUUGGAAGCGACCGACGAUCAGAAACAGGAGGUGAAGGCGAAAAAGCAGACCGGCUGGCAGCCUAAAUCCUCCAAGGGCCACAAGAGUAAAGCUAAGGCCGGUGCGAAACCACACAACCGCAAACUAGCAGCUGCGGCGGCGGCUGCUGCAGCCGCUAGUGCCGCUGCUGCUGCGGCGGCGGCGGCAGCUGUAGCUCAGACAGCGACCCAAUCUGCAACAGCAACGAGUGAAAAGCCAAAGUCUGGCAAAAGCAGUGAAAAGAAAGCAGCAGGAGCUGACGAAGAAGAUGAUUCGGCGGUUGAGGGUGACAGUGGUGCGGAGAGCGACAAUGAUGCAAGCGAGGCAGCGGCAGAUGAUGAUGACGAGUGGGAAAAGUUCCAGCAAAAGAUUAACAAACGGGAAAAAUUGGAAGGACGAUCGAAAGUAUCCCACCCGGUUCAUUGUCCAAUGUUUCCAGAGGAAAAACAUGAAUACUGGUGGACGUACAUUUGUGACCGAAAAUCGCACACGCUCCUAACCGUGCCGUACCAUGUGACGAACCUGAUCCAUCGCGAGGAAGUGCAGCUAAAGUUUACCGCACCGAAGUGGGCCGGCAUGUACGUGUUUACCGUGUGCCUACGAUCCGAUUCGUACAUCGGCAUGGAUCAGCAGCUCGAUCUGAAGCUUGACGUUAAGGAUCCGGCCGCCAUCCCGACCGAGCAUCCGCAAUGGGACAUCAGCGAGUCGGAAUCGGACCACAAUGAGAUGCAAGCGAACGAUAGCGAAUUCACCACCGAUUCAUCGGACGGCGAGGAUGAGGAAUCGCGAAAACGAGCGGACUGA